AUGGGGACGACUUUGCAGAGCCUGAGUGCUCUCAUGCAAAGAUCUACUAUAGAUGAUCAUGAAGAAUUCAUCAAAGCCUGCAACUCGAUAUUAAAAAAGUCUCGAGCCGAUGUGGACGCACAGCAUAUCAAAACUAUUGCGCUUAUCAAAUUGGACCGAUUUGAGGAUGCGAUUCGCGUGAUUGAGGAAGGGGGCGAUGAGUUGAAGAAAAGGCUGCCGCUUGAAUGGUCUUAUGCGCUGUAUAAAUCUGGGAAGUUGGACGAGGCGAUGUCAGUAGCUGCCUCUGUUGGUCCUGAAAGAGGUGCAAAGCAUGUUGAAUCACAAGCGUCCUAUAGAGCUGAAGAUUUUGACCGGACUCUCAAGAUCUACCAAGAUUUGAUCGGGGAUGAGAGAGCUUCCACAGGGGAGCUCACUGAUUUGCAAAUCAAUAUAGCAGCAACUGAGGCUCAAAGGCUUUGGGCAGGGAAAAGUAGCCUUGCAUGGGAUAUGGUACCAAAUCGGCAUGGUUUGGAUCUGGAUGUUUUUGAGACCGCUUAUAAUGUAGCAUGUGAACAUAUAGCCAGGGGCAGUUAUGAGAAGGCACUGGAACUUUUGACGAUAUCAAAAGGACUAUGCGAAGCGUCUGACGAGCUUUCCCCCGAAGACAAGAAAGCAGAAAUGUUGCCCAUCACAAUCCAGGAGGCACAUGUCUAUUUGCAGCAGGGGAAGGUUGAAGAGGCAGAAACGCUUAUUAGAGGCAUUGACUUUGCCGAGAUUACCGAAUCUUCUACUAAGAUCAUUGCUGAAAAUCUCGCUCUUCUUACAACCGAUCAUAACCUUAACCCUUACAUCAAACACAAGAACUUCGGACGAACUUCGAGACCGACUGAUAACGAUAAAUUAUUUUCCUAUCAGAACGUCACCUUGAACAGAAAUGCUUUUGUCAUCGAUCUCAUGGUCCAGAAGUUUGAUGGAGUUUCAAGGUCGACAUCUAAAACUCUUUCACGCCCCUCUUCUACUACCCUUUCAUCAGAUAUAAACUCUCUCGCCGUGUUCAAUGCUGCCGCCCACACGCAGGGAGCUGAAGGCAAGAAUGCGAUAAAGAAAAUAUCAUCUCUUGCUGAAAUACGUCCUCAUGAUCUCGGCCUCAUCUUGGUUCUUACUCAACUUCAUGUGGCAGAUGGAAACAUCAAUGCCGCAAUAUCCACGCUAGAGAGUUUCUCCAAGAAAUUGGAAGCAACUGGUGAUGACUCUCAGAUGAUGGUUCGAUUUAGCCCUGGCUUGGUGAACAUCCUAGUUACCUUGUACAGAACUCAAGGUCGCAAACAUCAUAUAAAUUCCGAGCUAUCAAAGGCUGCAAAGUAUUGGCUGGAGAAGGACCCUUCUUAUCACCCAAUACUACUACUACGCGCGGCGGCAAUAUCUCUCUUUAACUCACAUGACUCGGCAGACAUAUCGACUGCUACCGGAAUAUUUGCCCAUCUCCAUUCAAGAGAUGGCACUGAUCGCAUCGCAACUGCAGGUUUUGUCGCCUCUCAUGCCAUUUCCUCGCCGGCUCUUGUUGAGUCCCCCGUGAAAUCCCUUUUGCCCGUCCAAGAGUUGAUUGCCGGUGUAGAUGUGUCCUACCUGGAAAACGCCGGCAUUCAACUCCCUGUGAGCACAGCUGCCUCUACUUUAAGACAAGGCCAGAAACGGCGAGCACCGGACGCGGCGAAGAAAAAUAAACGGAUCCGAAAAGCGAAGAAUAUGGAUCCAAACGAGAAAGUUGACCCUGAGAGAUGGCUUCCCUUGAGAGACCGAUCGAGCUAUCGACCUAGAGGCAAAAAGGGCAAGCAAAGGGCAGCUGACCGAACCCAAGGUGGUGUAGUCAACGAUAAGGCAGAAGAUGGCCAUGGUUCGUCUACACCUGCAAAGGCCGGUAGCCAGGUGAUUGCAAGCACAGGAGGCACAAGGAAGAAAAAGGGAAAGGGGAAGAAGUAG